GCUCGAGGCUGGAGGAGAAGCCCUUCGACGAGAUGGAGAUGUCCUACAUCAAACAAGGAGAGGAAGCGCUGCAGAAAUCGCUCAGCAUCCUCGGGGACCAGGACGGCUGGAAGACGGAGACGGUGGUGGGUAAUGGAGACAAAGUGCUGAGCAAGGUGCUCCCAGACGUGGGCAAGGUGUUCCGCCUGGAGGUGGUGGUGGACCAGCCCCUGGACACGGUGUACGGGGAGCUGGUGGAGAACAUGGAGCAGAUGGGGGACUGGAACCCCAGCAUCCAGGAGGUCAAGAUUCUGCAGAAGAUCGGCAAGGACACCGUGAUCACCCAUGAGAAGGCGGCCGCGACCCCCGGUAACAUCGUCGGUCCGCGGGACUUUGUCAGCGUCCGCUGCUCCAAGAGACGUGGCUCCACCUGCGUCCUGGCCGGCAUGGCCACGAAGUACGGCGCCAUGCCCGAGCAGGAAGGGUUUAUAAGAGCCGAGAACGGCCCCACGUGCAUGAUCCUGCGCCCGCUGGCCGGCAGUCCUUCGCAAACCCAGCUCACGUGGCUGCUCAGCAUCGACCUGAAGGGCUGGCUCCCCAAGACCAUCAUCAACCAGGUCCUGUCCCAGACGCAGGUCGACUUCGCCAACCGCCUCCGGGAGCACCUGGCCCGGACCGUGGCUGCGGGCUGCUGA